CCUCCCCCUCGUCUUCUUCCCCCUCUCUCCCUCUGCCUUGUCCGUAAAAUGGCCUCUUCGAGAGGCCUCAUUCAUGGCCUUCGGAUCAUCUUCUCUUCUAUUGUUCCCAGCAGAGUACAUUCUUCAUCUCCGCCUGCGUCCAGAAGCUUCAGCGCUUUGUCUGCGAUCAUCACUGAAAAUGAAACAGCCCAUGAUGCUCCAAGGAUUAUCGAAGCCAAAUCGGGAGUGAUGACUCCUACUUCCAAGCGAACCGGCCUCAUCGGAAUCAAGUGCGGCAUGAAGGCUGUUUGGGACAAGUGGGGCGCUAGAGUCCCCAUCACUGUCCUUUGGCUCAAUGAUAACAUUGUUUCUCAGGUCAAGACCCCUGAAAAGGAAGGAUUCUGUGCCCUCCAGAUUGGUUGUGACCAUAAGAAAGAGAAGCAUUUGACGAAACCGGAAGUGGGUCAUUUCAGAGCUCAGGGUGUUCCAAUGAAGAGGAAAUUGAGGGAAUUCCAGGUGACAGAAGACGCUCUUCUUCCCGUCGGCACGCCCAUUGGGGUUCGCCACUUUGUUCCUGGCCAGUAUGUUGAUGUCACUGGAAUUACAAGAGGGAAAGGUUUUCAGGGAGGGAUGAAAAGAUGGGGCAUGAAGGGAGGUCCUGCAUCUCAUGGUGCAUCAUUAUCUCAUCGAAGUAUUGGUUCUACUGGUCAAAGGGAUGCUCCUGGAAAGGUAUUUAAAGGCAAGAAGAUGCCUGGGCGCAUGGGUGCGAAACAGCGAACUGUUAAAAAUGUCUGGGUUUACAGAAUAGACCCGGCAAGGAACUUGAUGUGGGUGAAAGGCCAGGUUCCAGGAGCUGAAGGAAAUUUUGUGUUUAUAAAAGAUGCUGUUUACGAAAAGCCGGAUAUUUCAUCCCUUCCAUUUCCGACAUUUUUUGCCCGUGAGAAUGAGGAUCCAGAAGACUUGAAACCUGCUGUUGCGGACCUUGGAGAAGUCGAUCCGUUUAUGUGUGCAGAUUAAGGAGAACCUAGUGUCUAUGGAUGGCCCCUCUCCCCAAACCUGGUUUUCUUCUUGUUUUUGUCCUUCUGGCUAGGUUCAAAGCUGAGUUUCCUUGUUAAUUUGAACUGCCUUGAGCCUUCACUUGAGAGUUUGUAUCUUGUUCCCUUUUCAUUAUCAAAUAGAGGAGAUGUAGAAUCAGUGAGAUUAGGCAGUUGUUUUAGGCUGAGUUUUGUCUGUCUAGUUAUGCUUCCCAAAUGUGGAGAGGUUUUUGGUUUCUUCUAUCUAAUAAAUUCAAGAUGAAAGGAGGGGACACAAUCAAACGGAUGGAAAAUAUUUAGGGACCAGACCACUGAGUCUAGAGUAGGGUUUAUGUACUCAAAACAUUAAGAUUUGGCAGCAGGAUUCAACACUUAUAGAUUUGAUUAAUUUUUAUUUUAUUUA